UAUCAACCAAUGGCGCCUAGAAAAAGUUGGAAUGGCCCGCCCCCUUCUUUGAGGACGCCUCACGGCCCUCCGCCCCCUUACUGAAUAUUCAUGAAGAAGGCGAGUAGACGGCACUCCGCGUCAGGGCGGGCGCCAUGAAGCUCAACGUGGACGGGCUGCUGGUCUACUUCCCGUAUGACUACAUCUACCCGGAGCAGUUCUCGUACAUGCUGGAGCUCAAGCGCACGCUGGACGCCAAGGGUCAUGGGGUCCUGGAGAUGCCCUCAGGCACCGGGAAGACUGUGUCACUACUGGCCUUGAUCAUGGCAUACCAGCGGGCGUAUCCGCUGGAGGUGACCAAGCUCAUCUACUGCUCCCGGACGGUGCCUGAGAUUGAAAAGGUGAUCGAGGAACUGCGCAAGCUGCUCACCUUCUAUGAGAAGCAGGAGGGCGAGAAGCUGCCAUUCCUGGGCCUGGCCCUGAGCUCCCGCAAGAACCUGUGCAUCCAUCCCGAGGUGACACCCCUGCGCUUCGGAAAGGACGUGGAUGGGAAGUGCCACAGUCUCACGGCCUCCUACGUGCGGGCACAGUACCAGCAGGACACCAGCCUGCCCCACUGCCGCUUCUAUGAGGAAUUUGAUACCCAUGGGCGCCAGGUGCCCCUCCCUGCUGGCAUCUAUAACCUAGACGACCUGAAGGCCCUGGGCCAGCGCCAAGGCUGGUGCCCGUACUUCCUCGCUCGGUACUCGAUCCUGCACGCCAAUGUGGUGGUCUACAGCUACCACUAUCUCCUGGACCCCAAGAUCGCCGACCUGGUCUCCAAAGAGCUGGCCCGCAAGGCUGUGGUGGUCUUUGAUGAGGCUCACAACAUCGACAACGUCUGUAUCGACUCCAUGAGCGUCAACCUCACACGCCGCACCCUGGACCGCUGCCAGGCCAACUUGGAGACCCUGCAGAAGACCGUGCUCAGGAUCAAGCAGACGGAUGAGCAGCGCCUGCGGGAUGAGUACCGGCGCCUAGUGGAGGGGCUGCGGGAGGCCAGCAUAGCCCGCGAGACGGAUGCCCACCUGGCCAACCCCGUGUUGCCCGACGAGGUGCUACAGGAGGCGGUGCCCGGCUCCAUCCGCACAGCCGAGCACUUCCUGGGCUUCCUGAGGAGGCUGCUGGAGUUCGUCAAGUGGCGCCUGCGCGUGCAGCACGUGGUGCAGGAGAGCCCGCCCGCCUUCCUGAGCAGCCUGGCGCAGCGCGUGUGCAUCCAGCGCAAGCCGCUCAGGUUCUGCGCCGAGCGCCUGCGUUCCCUGCUGCACACCCUGGAGAUCGCCGACCUGGCGGACUUUUCCCCCCUCACCCUCCUCGCCAACUUCGCCACCCUUGUCAGCACCUACGCCAAGGGCUUCACCAUCAUCAUCGAGCCCUUUGACGACAGGACCCCGACCAUCGCCAACCCCAUCCUGCACUUCAGCUGCAUGGAUGCCUCACUGGCCAUCAAGCCUGUGUUCGAGCGCUUCCAGUCGGUUAUCAUCACCUCUGGGACCCUGUCCCCGCUAGACAUCUACCCCAAGAUCCUGGACUUUCACCCCGUCACCAUGGCAACCUUCACCAUGACACUGGCCCGGGUCUGCCUAUGCCCUAUGAUCAUCGGCCGUGGCAACGACCAGGUGGCUAUCAGCUCCAAGUUUGAGACCCGGGAAGACAUCGCCGUGAUCCGGAACUACGGGAACCUGCUGCUGGAGAUGUCAGCCGUGGUGCCCGACGGCAUCGUGGCCUUCUUCACCAGCUACCAGUACAUGGAGAGCACCGUGGCCUCCUGGUACGAGCAGGGAAUCCUUGAAAACAUUCAGCGGAACAAGCUGCUUUUCAUCGAGACGCAGGACAGCGCCGAGACCAGCGUGGCCCUGGAGAAGUACCAGGAGGCCUGUGAGAACGGCCGCGGUGCCAUCCUGCUGUCUGUGGCGCGGGGCAAGGUGUCUGAGGGAAUCGACUUUGUGCACCACUUCGGUCGGGCCGUCAUCAUGUUCGGCGUCCCCUACGUCUACACACAGAGCCGCAUACUUAAGGCGCGGCUCGAGUACCUGCGGGACCAGUUCCAGAUCAGGGAGAACGACUUCCUCACCUUUGACGCCAUGCGCCACGCCGCCCAGUGCGUGGGUCGCGCCAUCAGGGGCAAGACCGACUACGGCCUCAUGGUCUUCGCCGACAAGCGGUUUGCACGUGCCGACAAACGGGGAAAGCUGCCCCGCUGGAUCCAGGAGCACCUGACGGACGCCAACCUCAACCUGACCGUGGACGAGGGCGUCCAGGUGGCCAAGUACUUCCUGCGGCAGAUGGCACAGCCCUUCCACCGGGAGGACCAGCUGGGCUUGUCCCUGCUCAGCCUAGAGCAGCUGCAGUCGGAGGAGACGCUGCGGCGGAUUGAGCAGAUUGCCCAGCAGCUGUGAGCCCGGGCCACCCAGCACCCAGCAGGGGGAGCCAGAGGACCCAGUGGCUCGCAGGGAAGGACUUGUGGGGUGCAGGGGUGCGUGGCCUGCCGGAGCCCGCACUCACCCGGCCAUUCCAGCGGCAGGGCCCUCACCACGGAGCCGGGACACCAGCUUCUCACUGCCCCGCCGGAUGGACUCCCGGAGCUUGGAGAAGGAGCUGCUGCGGCGCAGGGCCUGGGGGGGGACGCCAGGGCGGUGGGUCAGCCCCUUGGCUGGCCGGCCCCGCUGCCCCGG